AAAGAGAUCCACAGCUUAGAGUCUCCUUCUAGCGGGCAAACUUUCAUCCGAGGCAACAUAAAAACAUAAAAUAAAAAAAAAGCAGCAACAACAAAAAAGCAAAAACGGAAGUCAGUCCCGCAAAGUAUCUGUGACUAUAGGAGUCGAUUCCGUCUGUCUUCUCGCACUCUGUGGGACGAUAAGACAUCGCCGGUCUUUCCUCUCGAUCCCUUCUCUUAGGGACGUUGUUCAUCCGUCCUCCUGUGUACGUGUGUGUAAUGCUAUUCGGUCGUGAUUCACUUCUGCUGGCGUAAUUUUAAACGAACGAAAAUAGGCGAAAGGCUAAACGCAAACGAAAACGUGCAACUCAAAAACAUGGCGGUCUGUUCGCUAUUCAAGUGUCCCGUGAUCUUCCUGCUGUUAAUCGCCAGUUCUCUACUCAACGUCGGCUUAACGGAUGAGCCAACAUUUACGCAAUGCCGAGUACACAUCGAGGCGGCCAUCAAAGGCAUUGGACCCGACGGCCAACCUGAACCAGCAAGUCUUUUGGAAGAGCAUCCUGUCGAAGAGCAAGUUACUGAAUCUAUUGCCAACCAAGAAGAAGAAUACCACGAAGAGCCUCCCCAAGAGCAAAUCGCGGAGGAGCCUGUUCCUGAAAUCAUUGAAGAGGAACAAGACGAUACGAGCGACGAGGACGGUGACCAAGAUCAAAAAGAAGAGACGAAUGACAUAGACGACGCGUCUGAUGAAGACCAAGUGGAAGACGAUGACCUGAGUCAGGAAGAAGAAGCUCUCCCAGUCGAAGAAGCCGAACCCGUGUACGAAGAAGAAGUGGUAGCUGAACAUGUCCCAGAAGAACUACCCGAACCCGAAGUCCAAGAAGAAGAGCCCAUAGUGGAAGAAUCCCUUCCUGAAGAGCCUAUCCCAGAACCUGAGGUUGAACCAGAGGUCGAACCUGAGGUCGAACCUGAGGUCGAACCUGAGCCUGAACCCGAGCCUGAGCCCGAACCGGUGCCUGAACCCGAGCCAGUCCCGGUGGUCGUCGAAGAACCUGAGCCAGAGCCCCAACCCGAGCCAGUAGUUGAAACUGUGGAACCUGUCCCGGAACCUGAGGCACUUGUCGUCGAAGAACCUCAAAUAGUUGAAGCCGCUGCCCCAGUAGAGGAAACCGCUGUACCCGAGGUCGCAAAAGUGAUUGUCGAUGACCCAUCAGAAGGAUCGAUCGAAGAAGCUCCGGAAGUGAGGCGAUCCAGGGACCACAUUGCUGAUGUUUUACGUCUUGGGGAAGAGCCCGAAAACAAAAUGAUCCGCGAUGGAAUCAUCCUUAACGUCCUCAAGGAUGUAAAAAAACUAGUCGAAAAUUCUGUCCGAUCUCUCGAAAGUAUUUUCAAGUACAACGACGUCUCCAACCGCAACUUUGGAGAUUCCGAAAUCUUCUCCAAACCCCUGGUGCUCUUUUUGGGUCCAUGGAGUGGUGGAAAAUCUUCGAUCGUCAACUACCUCCUCGGUACUGAAUACACGCAGAACGCUCUGAAGACAGGUGCCGAACCAUCCGCUACCUUCUUCCAGAUUCUUAUGCACGGCGAAACUGAGGAGAUGUUGGACGGUACCCAAUUGGCUGCUGAUUGGACCUUCUCUGGUCUCCAGAAAUUCGGCCAAGCUUUCAUCGAUAGACUUCGAGGCAAGCGAUUGCCCAACAAGCUUCUCGAAAAGGUCAACAUCGUUGAAGUGCCGGGCAUCAUGGAACUGCGCAAGCAAGUGGAUCGCCCUUAUCCCUUUAACGAUGUGGUCCAAUGGUUUAUCGACCGAGCCGACAUCAUUUUUGUCGUUUACGACCCGACUAAACUCGACACGGGACUCGAACACGAAGCCCUCUUUGAUCAACUUAAAGGACGUCAGAAUCAAGUUCGCGUACUUUUGAACAAGGCUGAUUCGGUGACGCAAGAAGAGCUUUUGCUCAUUCAAAAUAACUUGGUGUGGAACUUGUCGCCAUUGAUGGCCAGCCCACUACCGCCCACUCUCUAUGCCGGUUCAUUCUGGUCUAAACCAUACAAACCCGAUGCCCCCGUCCGACUUCUUCGCUCGCACGAAAACCAAAUGCUGCAAGACCUUCGCGAUACGCUCGACAAUGUGGUAGAAAACACUAUUGCUGAAGCCCGCCGCCACGCUGUCCGAGUGAGGAACCAUGCCAAGAUGGUCGAUUGUUACUUGACGACCUUCUUGAACCAGAAGGGAUUCUUCGGUAACAAGAAGGCUACUGCCGACGACAUUAUCGAAAACCCACAUGCUUAUCACAUCUUCGAGGGUUUGAGCACGUUGAGCAACAUCUCGCGCUACGAUCUACCCGACGCCGAAGUCUACAAGGAUUUCUUCCGUCUUCAUCCUCUCUACGACUUUAAGCCCCUGGCCUCCACUUGCACUUUCUUCCGAGGCUGCCCGCUCGAUAAGCUCGACACCGCCAUCGCCUACGAGCUGCCCGAGCUCAUCGGAAAAUACAAGAAGCGAUUACAAAGCAUUGCUUCCAAAAAACCGAGCCAUUAGAUCUACCUAUCCCACUUUCAUCUUCAUUAACGAAGUGCCUUUUUACUUGAAAACCCUGCCUUUUAAAGUAACCUUUCCUUAGUGAUAGAAUCCUAAUUAAAUAUUUGUGAAGGAGGACCCAAAAAAAAAGAUACAGAAACAAAAUCGUGUGCUCUUCCUUAUGGAUCUGAUUGUUGAUCCUUAAGCUGGAUUAUAUCUUUGGCUGACGCUCAAGUCUGUUCCAACGAUUUCGUCAAAAUGGGAAGUGGCGGAGCUUAGAUUAGAAGAAAAUGUAAAUGAAAUAGGCCAAACCAGUGAACAAAUCCCAUUACUUGAAGGUGAUUCCCCCGUCGCCAUUGCGGGUGAUAUGUGCAGAAAAAACCACGAAUACACAAGGUCUACUGAAUAAGAGGAAUAAGUACUUA